CGCUGCGGUCAUCGCAUUAGACGCAAACGUGACGUACACAGCGUAGCCGAGCAUUGUUGUCUACACUGCUCCACAGCGCGCGUCGAUUGGAGCGCGAAACGGCAGCAGCUGAUCGUGCAGCGCGGACUUUUUGAAAGCCGAGGCGAAGGCAAGCGCGCGAAGCGCGCCUUCGAGCUCCUGCGUGGACGCAGACGGUGAGACCUCCACGUCAUUAACGCCACCCGGCACCACAGUAUCGAAGGAAGGACGCUAACAUGCCGCCCAAACGCAAGAGCACGGUCACCGUGAAAACCGAGAAGGUUAAAACCGAAAAGAAACCGGCCAAGCCGGCGGCCAAGAAGCCGGCCAAGCGCGCCGCCGCGGAAGGCGACGCCAAGCCCAAGCGCGCGAAGAAGCCGCGCGUCAAGGCGGAGCCCGGCCCGCGGACCCUCGCCCUGCCGCCGGCGGCCGCGACGAUCGGCUUCGCGAGCGGCGCGCCGCGCGCGCCCGUCCGCACCGGAGAAGUAAGGGUCGGCCCCCGCGCGCGUUUCGCGCGCCCCAUCGAGAAGUUCGAGCGGUUGGAAAGGAAUGGCACGGUCUAUCAGUGGAGCUCCGAGGCGUCGGGCGCUAUGACCAUGCAAUGGACGGCUGUCGACGAGCCCUGUCGGUUCGUGGGGUCCCGCACGCUCGAGUUCUCGCUACCGUCGGGCACCGACGCCUCGAGCGUCGUGAAGAAGCUCUGCCGGGGCGUGAAAGCGACGCGCAAAGAAACUCAAAGGCAUUACGGUCCCGUGAACUACGAUAACGACGGCGAGGCCGCGAAGCCGAACGACGGCGUCACGACGACCGUCCGACGUUUAGAAGAUGACGUCGCGGCGGGCAAGAUCCUAGCACAGGACGACGACGCGGCGACGUUCCUCGCGUCGGCUGCUUCGUUAGCUUCCCCGGCCCAACUCCCCAAAAACAUGCCGCCGUGCCUCAAGUGUUUAUGUUACGUGACGAAGGUCGAGGGAGCGGAUUUCACUGUUGAAAUAAGAGCCUACGCGACGAGGGUUCUCUUCUAUCUCAUCGCCGACCCCUCGGUCCGGAACGUGCUCAACGGCCUCACGACGCUCGCCGGCGCCGUGACGCCGCGCGCAGCGCCACCAACGCAGCUAGACCUCUUCGCGACGUCCUCACAAAAUGGAAGCGCGGCGCCCUUCACGCUCGAGGGCGUCAUGCGCUCCGCCGAGCACACGGGCUGCGCGGAAGACCCGCAGCCGUCUCGGAUCGCGCUGCCGAUGAAGCCCUACCAGCUCCAGGCGAUCCGCUGGAUGCGCCAGAUGGAGGGCCGCAACCUCAACGAUUUAUUUUGGGAGAAGCGAGCCUUCGCGGACGGCGGCGAGUACUGGUUCGCUCCCGACUUAGGCGAGUGCCGCCUCGAGGAGCCGCCGACUGCGUCGGGCGGGUUAUUAUGUGACGAGAUAAGCAUGGGGAAAACGGUUGAAUUACUGGGCUUAGUGUGUGCCGCGCCGGCCACGGUCGAACAGCUCAAGGCGCCUGGGCUCGCGAAGAAUCAUAAUGAAGAGGGCCCGCUCGUCGCGUCGCGCGCCACGCUCAUCGUCGUGCCGCCGGCGCUCGUGUCGCAGUGGGUCAACGAGAUCACUAAGUCGAUCGUGGCCUCGAACCCGUUAUCCGUCAAGGUCUUCGUCACCGACAAAAAGCGCGAGGCACUGAUCGCGCCGCGGAGCAAGGGCUCGCAGAAGAAGUCCGAGGAGUUCUUCGCCGUCCGGAAAAGGUCGCUGGAGAGACUGGCGGACCACGACAUCGUGAUCGUCACCUACAACACGAUGCAGGCCGGCGGCCCGUAUUCUGGGCGCGGCGACGUGAACCCGCUCGCGCAGAUCCGCUGGACGCGCGUCGCAGUGCGAAAUCAACCAGUGCGUCAGGCCAGCCUGGAGGUAUUAUUUACUAUUCUGGCCGCCUCGACGCAGCGCGAGAGUGCUUGGCGUCCUCGCACGAAGCGUCUUAGGCUUACCGCACAGGCGCGUCGUCCUCGACGAGAUGCAGAUGGUCUCGUCGCCGAACACGGCCGUCGCGCGGACCUGCGCUGCUUUACAUACGACGUCCAGGUGGAUGGUCAGCGGCACGCCGCUGACGCAGGGCAUCCAGGACCUCAACGGCGAAUUACGUUUUCUGGGAGUACUGCCCUUUUCCUUGUCUGAUGCGACCGACGGCUUCUGGAGCCACUGCGUCCAGAAGCCGUGGAGCGAGCAGGACCCCGUCGCGCUGGAGCGGCUCGAACUUUUACUGAGGCGCGUGGCCCUCCGGCGGUCCAAGGCCCAGGUCUGGGCGUCGGGCCCGGCCGAGGGCCGGCCGAUCUUGGAGCUGCCGGCGCGCGGCGACCGCGUCGUCGCCGUCGACCUGGAAGAUGGCUCCUCGGAACAACUGGCGCUGCGCGCCAUCGACGCGGCCGUGGGCGCCGUCGUCGGGGCGAUGCCCGCGUCGACGACCGGCAUGUCGCGCGAGGCGAACCGCGACCUGAGCCGCCACAAGCAGGUGUGCCUCGAGGUGCUGCGCCAGUCGUGCGUCGGGCUGGAUGGAAGGGUCAAGGUCCAGGAUACGCGGGCCGACGCGCUCACGGACUUUAGGCGCUUCAACGAGGUCUGCCGCAUCUACGACCAGCGCUGCCGCGACGCGCGGUCCAGAAGCGCCCAAGGCUCGGGGGCAGGCGUCCUCGCCUAUUCUCCGCCGCUUAUGACGCCCGGCGACGCCAUCGCGCACUUUGGCGCCUCUGAUAGAAACCAAGCCGCGGCGCGCCAGGCCCAGGGCGUGCAGGACCGGCUCGCGAGAGGCGCGCGCGAGGACCGCACCGGCGUCGGCCGCGAGAACUUCGUCGGCCACGGGAACGCCAACUCGCGCGCGCGCGCGACGGACCGGCAGUACUCUACGCUGACCCUCAUGCAGCGCCUCCACGAGACCGCGUCCUACGCCGCGGACCUCGAGGAGUCGCGCCUCCAGUUCCGGGCCGGCGCGCUCGCGGGCUGCCUCUGGUGGUUGUUGCACAAGCUCGCGCUCGGGGCGGGCGCCGCCGAGGAGCACCUGGCGGCGGACCUGGACGCUUUCACGGACGCUCAGCGCGCGUUCGUCGUGAGGCGCCGCCGCCGCGCCAUUGCUAGAUUUGUGAUUAACUUCGGCUUGCGGCCCGCGGACGUGCGGCGCCACCUGGCCAAGCGCGGCGUGGCGGAGACGGCGCCCGUCCUCGAACGAAUCGAAGCAUUAGUCGACGGCCUGGACGACGCGGGCGCCCUGCGCCCCGGCCGCGGCCCGCUACGGAUCUUUGCGUGGAAGGCGGCACGCGAGAUCACGCAGCAGGCGGCGAAGGCCACGGCCGAGAACCACCUCAAGCUGAUCACGGUGCGCGAGCUGCUGACGCGCCUGCGCUCGUCGGCCGACGAGCACCGCACGCAGCGCGACGCGGCGGCGGCGGCGCGCGACACGGCGCAGGCCGCCGCGACGCGGACGCUCGACGAGCUGCGGCGGCGGCGCCCGCGCGACGACGCGUGCCGCGAGGCCCUCGACGCCGUCGUCGCUGCCGACGUGCGCGCGCACGCGGCCCAGGUCGAGGCGGCGUCGGCCGCGCAUCUCCGAAGCGAGGCGGCCGAGGCGGCGUCGCUCGCGUCCGACGCCCGGUCGCAGCUCCACGUCUUGCAGCAGCGGCGCGGCGACGACGCGCUCAAAGGUCUAGAGGACGAAGCUCUUAACCACAUGAAGGCGGCGCGCGACGGCGAGCGCGACUACAUGCGCGCGUUGGAAGUCCUGGGUGCGGACGCGACGGCCGAGCAGAAGGCGGCCGUCGAGGCCGUCGAGAAGGCCCACGCGCCGGAGCGCGACUCGGAGCUCGUCGCGCGGCUCGGCGCGCGCGCGGCCGCCGCGGGACCGGACAAGAAGCACGAGCUCUACGCGGCCUGGAAGAGGAAGCGCGACGCUUACGUCAAGGCGCGCAAGGCAGUGCUCCGACCGAUGCCGCGCGAGGCGCGCGCCUUCUUCGAGAAUAGAGGUUCCACGAAGAUCGAACUCCAGGCCCGCGUCGAGCAGAGCGGUCUCCAGGACCUCGCCAAGCUCGAGGAGGGCGGCAAGGCCGGCAAGUGCCCCGUGUGCUUUGCGUCGUUCAACACGGACCCGAACGCUCCAUCUUCAAUCGCCUCGCUGUGUUACACGCCGUGCGUGCACGCCGUGUGCCUCGGCUGCGCCCAGCAGCAGGUGCUCUCGAACGGCGUGGACCAGGCGGCGCGCCGGGGCGUGCCGCGCGACCGGGCCGUCGCCCUGGCCAACGAUGGGCGCCUCGCCGCGCCGUGCGUUUUGUGUCGCCGCGAGUAUGUCGUGAGAGACUGCGUGCUCGUGACGGAGCCCCCGCGCGCGCCGCCGCCGGCCCCCGAGAUUGAAGAAGAUGAUGGAGACGAGCCCAUGGCCGACGCGCCGCCGCCGCCGCUCGACGCCGCGCGGCCGCCGGAGUGGACGCCGCACGCGCCCAAGGCCGCGCUCGAGGAGCUCGCGCCUCCCUCUGUCCCGGUACGCCUCGCGGACCGCCACGCGUACCCGAACAUCCCGCCCAACCUGCUCGCGCACAUCCUGACGGCGCGCCAGGCGCCGUCGACAAAGAUGAAGCGACUCCUGAGAGAUGUCACGGCGGCUAUCGCCGGCGGCCCCGCCGAAAAAGCUGUCGUCGUCAGCUCGAUCAAGCCGGCGGUGCAGCACUGCGUCUUAGCUCUGAAGGGCGCGGGCCUCGACUGUGUCUCCGUCGCAAAGGGCGACUCCGCCGACGCGAUGCAGGAGGCGGUCAAGAAGUGGCGCGAGGACCCCGACUGUGCUGUGUUCGUCCUCCACGCCGGCGCGGCGGCCGCGGGCCUGACGCUGACGGCUGCGCGCCACCUGUUCCUGCUCGAACCGUUCCUCUCCGUCGGCGAAGAGGCGCAGGCCAUGAACCGCUGCCACCGCAUCGGCCAGGAGCGCUCGGUGUCGACGACGAGCUACUUCCUGCGCGGCACGGCCGAGGAGCGGCUCAUCGCCUACCGCUCGCGCGAGGCCCAGGCCGCCGGCGGCGGCGGCGGCACGGACGCGCUCUCGGUCCUCGCGACGGCCGGCGACGUGAAGAAGAUGCCGCACCACAAGCUGCGUUACCUCGCUGGGCUCGCCGCGUUCGUCGAGGACAUGUCCGACGACGACGCCUCGGACGACGAGCCGCCGCCGGCGCACCGCCGCAUGCGCGACGACGACUCGUCCUCCUCCGACGGCGACGGCGCCGACUACUGAAGCUUCCCCUCUCUCCCCUGACAUGUGUGCCACCGUGUACCUCUCCCCCUAUGUCUAAACGUUCUAUCUAUCUA